UUAGAUUUGAUUUGUACUAAAUAUUUUAUUGAUGUAGUAAACUUAAUAAAACCAAAUAAUCCAAUUUUAGUUUAAAUUAGAAUUAUGAAAAAUCUAAAUUCAUUUUCACCUGUAUCUAUAUCUAUACAAAUAUUUGAAAGUAAUUUAAGUCUAAAAUUGGCAACCACAAUUCUUGCUUGCUUUAAUGUCAUUGUAAAAUUGAACUUUGGAAAGGUCAGCAAGUGAAUAAAUGAAUAUUCCAUAUACUUAAAUGCAAUAACAUUCUAUAAUUAAGAAAAAUGUUUUUGUCUUGGUGUUUUCCAGAUACUACGUUUAUUGGUUUUGAUAUUAUGUUUGCUGUUUGGGUUAUGGGAUCAAGUCAAGUGCUUGAUUUAGUAUUUACCGCAAAACUUCUGGAAGAACGAUGUUUGUUUUUGUGAUGCUCAGCAUUUCGAGCAUUCACGGGAUCAUUAAAAACCUUUCUUUUUUAAAUCGGUUCUUUUUAGGGCCACGACUUAUUAAUAAAAAUAAUUUCCAGAAAAAUUAGUUUACAAAAAUGAAAGUUUAAGUCCCAAAUAUUAUAACAUUUGUAACCCAAAAACAGCUCUUUUCAACUAGCCCAAGUCUGUUAAAAUCGGCUCAGCCGUUUCGAAUAUACAGGGUGUUUUUACUUUGAAUACCCCACCUUACUUUAUUUUUAGAGAUACAGCAAAAAUUGUUAUACAAAAAAGGUUCAGAUUAUCCUCGAAUUUAAAGAUUAGGUAGUUUUUGUUAGGUUAAUAUAGCGGUAUUCAAAGAAACAUCACUUUUUUAAAUUCAAGAUUGUAGUUGCGCCCCCUCGCGGUCAUUUCAGAAACUUGAAAAUAUUUUCCAGCUUUUUCUUUUGGCCGCGUUAGUAAUAGAUGUUUUUGUCUCAAGCCUCGACGAUGGAUAGGUUCCCAAAUACAGUACCUCGCAUUCUUAGUUGGCCACCCUGUAUAUUUUCACGUCAAUUAGCAUGGAAUGUGAAAUCAAUAUGCGGAAGAUUUAAAGUGUUCGUGAUGUUACAGAGAUCAUAUUUAUUUCACUAAAUCAGAGCUAGACGUUUCAUCAUAGUUGCAUAAAUCUUGUGUACAAGAUAUACUUUUAUUAAGCAUCAUAUAAGAUCUUCACAGCAUCAGGUCAUCAGAGUUUGACUCUCUGUGUUUUUUCAGGUUUUGAUAAUAUGUUAACUUUUUCUACAGGUUCAUACCAGCCAAGCAAUGAGUUGAUGCUGAGAUUUUAUUCCUAUUUCAAACAAGCUACACAAGGUCCCUGCACUGGUUCACGACCUGCCUUCUGGGAUGUUGUUGGCAGAGCAAAGUAUGAUGCUUGGAAGAAGUUGGGUGAUAUGUCGAAAGAAGAAGCGAUGGCAAAAUACGUGAAAGAGUUGCAUUCGUGAGUUGAAUAUCUUUAUUUUAAGAUAACGACAACGAAUCAAUCGAAACGAUGCGUAGUCUAAGCCAAAUUGUAUAGACAGUGAUAAUAGUGACCCUUAGGCAAGUGGAUUCUCCGACAAAUGUGAUAUGUGGACAUCGAGAUUUGCAAAGAUAAAUGUGCAUCAUCUACGAACCAGAUAUGUCGCGAUAUGAACUCCGUUCAGAAAUACGUGCCAAUAUCUCUAGGCAUUGUGGAGACAAUGAGCUACUCUGACAAGGUUGCCAACUUCUUAGAAGCACCUACAGACGAGUUGGAAACAAUUAGCAUGGACGACUUAGAACUAGUUGCAGGUGAUGUGUUGGAAAAAGUGAGAUCACUGCCAAAUUCACCGCUAGCUUCCAGGGAAAAUUCCCCGCUCCGAAUUGGUACUAGAACGAGUUCACCAUCCAGCUCUUCCCCAUCACCUACUAACGUAGCAGAUGACUCAGAACAUAGUGACGAAGAAUAUACUGAUACUAUUGAGAACCCGGAACCUCGGAAGAUGCUCCAGUCUUGCGAGUCGAUUCCCAACGGCUACAUUCCAAGCACAACUCCAAGUCAGCACAUUUCCAGAUCCAGAACAAAAUUCCAAAACGUGAACGUGGAUAUCUCGCAUGAGAUAUCUCAAGCGGUUUCAACGUUGAAAAUUGACAUCGAAAAGCUCAACAAGCGGUUGGAUACGAUAGAAUGUUCCAGUAAGUCGGCAUUGCAGUCUAGAAGGCUAUUCUUCGGUGGUCUGCCAACCAGAGCAAUCGUUUUUAUACUUAUGUGGCCCUUCGUAGUCAAUUUUAUCAUGAAUAGGGUUAUUGUCAGGAGGAAGUAGGUGAUAAGUGUUGAUUGUUGAUUUUAUUUUUAGGGGUGGUGAUACAAGUCCUGCGUAUAUAUUAAUAUUUUAAGGCCAUUUUAAUAUAUAUAUAUAUAUAUAUAUAUAUUGUGUUGAAAACAUAUGCAAUAUACACUUUUUCUCAAGGGA